UAGUUGAGAAAGGGAGGUGGGUUUACUGGUUUAACGAGUUGUUGAGGUGGAAGGAAACUUUUAUAUUUCUUGUUCUUUGGUAUGAACUAGGGCAGGUGGGAUUCGGUUUUGGGAUUUGGUGGGAAUCUAUUCUGGCAUUUGGAGCAUUUGGUUGCAAUUCUUGGCUGCAGAAGGAUUAUUUGGAGGCUUUUCGGCUGGUACUGAGACUUAAAUUUAUAAAUUUGGAACUUUUAUGUGUUUGAAAUAUGAUCAUGCCAUUUUCAGGUGUUUGAACUGAAAAAAUAUCCUAGCGAACUGUCUUUCAACUUUGGGUUGGUGUGGAGCACCAGUCAGUAACCUUGCAUUUUUGAAAGGACAUAUGGGUUUUUGGAUUGUUCCUGUUUGUGAAAUCCGUGCAAUGGUUGGUUAAGCAAGAAAAUAAUUCUUUUGAUUGUUUUCAGGCUUUAGCACUGAAACAUUGGAAGUUGUUAUUUGGGCAGUUGUAACUUCAGGGUGUUGUGAUAUAGUAGAGGGUUUUGAGGCAUUUCAGGUGAAAAUGGAGGCUGAUUCGAACAUGGGCUUUCAUCACGAUGCAUUUCUGGCCUCUGCUUUCAAUAGGCAUGCAAUUUCAUUUCAGUCCAGCACAAUAACCAGCCCAUCAGGGAUGAUUUCCUUGGGAAAUUCUAUUGGGAUAAAUGGUACACUCCCAUUGGGAUAUUCUGAUGGGAUGAAUAGUACAUCUGGGAUGAUUCUGACUGGUAAUUCUAGUAUGAUAAAUAACAAUCCUGGAAUAACUGUGGCUGGGAAUUCCUCUAGUUCUCUUCUUCUCGAUUCGGGGGCAGGUCUCAAGCAUGAUACAGGGUUGGCUAUUGAGUGGACCCCUGAAGAACAGUCGAAAUUGGAGGAAGGCCUUAGAAAGUAUGCUGAUGAACCAAGUAUCAUGAGGUACGUCAAGAUUGCAGCCACACUUCGUGACAAGACUGUACGUGAUGUUGCUCUGAGGUGUCGGUGGAUGACGAAGGAGAAGAGCGGGAAAAGAAGGAAACCAGACGAUCAUUACACAGGAAAGAAGAUGAAGGAUAGGAAGGAAAAGUUAGUGGAAUCUUCAUCAAAGGCUAGUUUAUCUCCAGCUCCCCCACAAAACAUACCUGUGCAUCCUCUCAUGAUGCACCAUAUGGACCAUGAUCGGGUACUUUGUGAAGUCCCAGCAGUUGGCGGCAUAACCAAGCAACUCUUGGAUGAGAAUGUUCGAGUAUUUAGCCAAAUUUCAACUAAUCUUCUAAGAUUCAGGAUACAGGAUAACAUAAAUCUCUUCUGUCGCACUAGAAACAACAUUACAGCCAUAUUGGAUGAUAUGAAAGAGAUGCCUGGGAUCAUGAGCCAGAUGCCACCGUUGCCUGUAGCUAUCAAUGAGAAACUGGCAAAUGGCAUUCUACCAAGUACAUCUGAGACCUCAAUGUUCGGCUCGUCCAGAGGGAUCCAUCUGAAGCAAGAACCGGGAUGUUGAUGGAGAAUAGUGGAGUGUUGUAAGGUGCAGUCUUCCUGGCCUGUGUAAGUACAAAAAUUUUCUUCUGUAAAUGCGUAAGAAGAUGGUAGGAGCUCUUUCUUCCUUUCUGUACACAUACAUCACACCCUACAUGGGCACACCCUGCAUGGGUUCCACGAAGAGGAAAUGGUCCCCACGAAGAGAAAAUUUGUAGAGAUCCCAUUUUUGGAGUCUGAAAAUUUUUACCAGAUACUGAAUCAAGCACCAGAAAAUAAGAAGCCUGUAUUGUCUACUAGGAACCUUACUUGUAAGCAAAUACUCUUGAUUCAAAGUUGUGUAUAAAUCUGAGACAGGCUACCUUAUGGAUAUCAUUGGUGCUUGCAAGUAAA